GGAGUCGCUGCUUUAAUGGCGCGCUACGGGCGCCGCGAUGCACGCUGGGAGCUGUAGUCCCGCAAGUCGCUGCAGUGGAGCGUUUAGAGAGUCCGGGUCCUGCCCCGACGCCUCGAUCCCCCGCGCUGAUUAGCUGAGAGCCUUGAUAGGCAUGAAAAUUGACCAAUGGGAGUCUGCGAAGGCGGGAACAGCCCAAUCAACCCUUUCAGUCCCACCUAAUACAGCCCAGUGCAACCCCAGUGCCCCUCCAGUCCCUCCCAGUACAGCCCAGUUCAUCCCCAGUACAGCCCCAGUGCCCCUCCUGUCCUCCCAGUACAGCCCAGUUCAUCCCCAGUCCCUUCCAGUACCCCCCAGCGUCCCCCAGUUUGUCCCAGUCCAUUCCAAUGUCACUCCCAGUACAUCCCACUUUGUCCCAGUGUCUCCCAGCGCCAUUCCCAGACCAUCCCAGUAUCACACCCAGUCUGUCUCUGCUUUGGCCACGCCCCCUCAAUUGACCACCCCUCUGUUGGCCACGCCCCUCUGUUGGCCGUUCCCCCUCGAAUGACCACGCCUCUAUUCCCCCCCCCCCCGCCUCAAUUUCAGUUCCCUGUGGCUGCUCUGGGAAGGACCCUCUGGAAUUUCCUCUCCCCCCCAGGAGUCAAAGGUCACGGAAUGGAGCAGGAAAUGCUCGGAGCACUGGUGAUACUGGGAGUUCUGUCCCUGGCCAGAGGGAACCCCCCGGAUGCCGCCAAUCCCUUCCAGUACGACUGGUGUCACCUGCGUGUCGGUGGCCUCGUGGUGGCGGCGGUGCUGAGCGUGGUGGGGAUCAUCGUCCUGUUCAGUGGGAAGUGCAAGUGCCGGAGCAAGGCCAGCCGCUGCCGCCCCUCCCCGGAGCUGUCACCUCUGGCCGGGAAAGGAGCCGCCACCUCCUGCUGAGCUGUCCCCAAAAUGUCCCCAAAGUCUCCCCGAGAAGGGUGAUGAAUAAAAAUGGGUGAAAAAAAAGGGAUUUUGUCCAUUGGGGGAGGGAACACGGGGACAGUGCGGAGAGCUGGCACUGGGAGGGGACACAGGGUGAAGGUUGCCUUGGGGACAUCGGGGUGAUGGUGGCACCGGGAGGGGACAUUAGGUCAAUGGUGGCCUUGGGGACACUGAGGUGAUGGCGGCACCAGGAGGGGACACAAAGCCAAUGAUGACAUUGAGUGAUGGUGGCUUUGGGGACAUUGGGUCAGUGGUGGCCUUGGGGACAUCGGGGUGAUGGUGGCACCAAGAGGUGACAUUGAGGUGAUGGUGGCCUUGGGGACAUUGGGUCAAUCGUGACCUUGGGGAAAUUGAAGGGAUGGUGGCACCAAGAGGUGACACAAAGCCUUGGUGACAUUGGGUUGAUGGUGGCCUUGGGGACAUCGCAACAACAGUGGCACCAGGAGGGGACAGUGGGGUGACAGUGGCCUUGGGGACAUUGGGGCAAUGGUGGCCUUGGGGACAUUGGGGUGAUGGUGGCACCAGGAGGGGACAAGUGAGAUAGUGGUGGCCUUGGGGACAUCGGGGUGAUGGCAGCACCAGGAGGUGAGACAAGAUCUUGGGGACAUUGGGUGAUGGUGGCACCAGGAGGGGACACCAGGCCUUGGGGACAUCAGGUCAAUGCUGGGCUUGGGGACAUCAGGGCAAUGGUGGCACCAGGAGGUGACAUUGAGUCAAUGAUGACGGCCUUGGGGACAUUGGAUCAACAGUGGCACCAGGAGGGGACAGAGAGGUGACACAAGGCCUUGGGGACAUUGGGUCAGUGGUGGCACCAGGAGGGGACACAAAGCCAAGGGUGACAUUGAGUGAUGGUGGCCUUGGGGACAUUGGGGCAAUGGUGGCAGUGGGAGCCUUGGGUCACUGGUGGCCUUGGGAACAUCGGGGCAAUGGUGGCACUGGGAAGGGACACGGAGGUGAUGGUGGCACAGGGAGGGGACAUCGGGGUGAUGGUGGCACAGGGAGGGGACAUUGAUAGGAUGGUGGCACCAGAAGGGGACCCAAAGCCAAGGGUGACAUCGGGGUGACAGUGACUUUGGGGACAUUGGGUCAGUGGUGGCCUUGGGGACAUCAAGGCAUUGGUGACAUUGGGAGUUGACAUUGAGUGAUGGUGGCCUUGGGGACGUUGGGUUAUGUGGCACCAGAAGGGGACAGUGAGGUGACACAAGGCCUUGGGGACAUUGGGUCUGUGGUGGCCUUGGGGACAUUGGGCGAUGGUAGCACCAGGAGGUUACAUUUACAUGAUGGUGGCCCUGGGGACACUGAGGUGAUGGUGGCACCAGUAGGUGACACAAAGCCAAGGGUGACAUUGAGUCAUGGUGGCUUUGGGGACAUUGAGACAAUGGUGGCACCGGGAGGGGACACUGAGGUGGUGGUGGCCUUGGGGAUAUUGGGGGGUCAGUGGUGGCCUUGGGGACAUCAGGGCAAUGGUGGCACUGGGAGGGGACACUGAGGUGUUCGUGGCCUUGGGGACAUUGGGGCAAUGGUGGCCCUGGAGACACUGAAGUGAUGUUGAAGUGAUGGUGGCACCAGGAGGUGACACAAGGCCUUGGGGACAACGGCGUGAUGAUGGCCCCUGAUGACCACAUGACCCUGCUGGACCCCCAUGGAUCUGUGAUGACCAUGAUGGACCCCCAUGACCUCAUGACCUCAAUUGACCCCCAUGACCCUGAUGGACCCCCAUAACCUCAUGACCUCAGUUGACCCCCAUGACCACAUGACCCUGAUGGACCCCCAUGGACCCAUGACCCAGGUAGAACCCCAUGGACCCAUGACCCCAGCGAUGCCACAUGACCACAUGGCCUGGAUGGACCGCAAUAGACCCUUGAUGACCGCCCAUGACCACAUGACCUCAAUGGACCCCCACAACCCAAUGACCCUGGUGGAACCCCAAGGACCUGUGAUGACCAUGACAGACCCCCAUGAGCACACAACCUUCAUGGACCGCCAUGACCCUGAUGGACCCCCCCAUGACCACAUGACCCUGAUGGACCCCCAUGACCACAUGACCUCUAUGACCCCCUGUCCUGGUGUCUAACGCAUGGUCUUCCUCACGC